CCCAUUUAUUGCCCGAUUUCACACAUAACCGCAGUGAAACAACAAACAUUGUACUUAAAAAAUAAAUGAAAAUGAUAUUUCCGUUAACGGUAACGAUGCUCAUGUUUUAUUUAUGUUUCUUCCCGGUGACUUUCGGGAAAACAAUACAUGGAGUAUUCAGCAGCGAUGCAGCAAGAAAAGGCAGUGGGCAAUACAUAACAAAAUUUCUUUUUCAUGGUAGGAGGGAAUGCCCUAAUGGUCUACAGGCUGGAGGAUGUAAGCACAGCCAUGAAGAAAGAUGCCAGGCUGCUGCUGUUCCAGGACCUGGAGAAGUUUGACAACCUGAGCUGCCAGCACCGCCUCUCUAGAGCCCGUCUCUCCAUGACACUAAGUGCAGAGGAACACAACCAGACCAUCCCACACACUGCUGCCUCCCCUCGGGCAUGGUACGUUUUGUAUGCGGACCGCUACACCUGCCACCAGGACAAAAUCGCCGAGGAUCUGAAGGACCUCCGCUUCCAAAUCAUGCUCUUCAACCCUAACGCCGAAGGCGACCCGUUGGACCACUUCAGCGCCGAAGAGGCAGGUUUGCACGGCUUCUACCUCAUCUUCCUCGUGGCCUACGUUGCGACCGCCUGCAUCUACGCUCGGCUCUUGUGGAGGGCCCUGCACAAGGGUGGACCCAUGCACACCGCGCUGAAGGUCCUGUCCGCAGCUCUGCUGCUCCAGGCCGGGUCAGCACUCUUCAGUUACAUCCACCUGGCGAGGUAUGCAAGAGAUGGUAUUGGAGCUCCUUUCAUGGGAACCUUGGCGGAAUUUUGCAACAUGGUCUCACAGGUCCACAUGGUCUUCAUGCUGCUGAGCCUGUGCAUGGGCUGGACUCUAAGUAGCAGGAAAACUCAGAGCAAACCCCUGCAGUGGGACACCUCGCCCACCUCGACUGCGCUGGCUCUCGGCAGCGUGGCCAUCCAGAUGUGUCUGCAGGGGGCGCUCUUGGUGUGGGAGCAGUUUGAAGACACAGACCACCACAGUUACCACGCACAUGGCAGCACGGCAGGUCUCCUCCUGGUUGCCCUGCGCGUCGUCCUGGCUCUACUGCUCACCUCCAUUCUGUACCGGAUCGUCAGGGCCGAACGCAGCGGCCUCAAAAGGGACUACUACCUCAGCUUUGCAAAGGGCUGCCUCUUGUGGUUCCUCUGCCACCCAGUCCUGGUUCUCCUCUCGGCAGCUUUCAACGAGCAUCACAGACAAAAGGUCACUACUAUCGGUGUUAUCCUGUGCCAGUCCAUAUCCGUGGUGGUCCUGUACAGGCUGUUUCUCUGCCGGAGCUUGUACUGGGAGGUCUCCUCGCCGUCUUCCGUCACACUCCCGCUCACCAUGUCCCGGGACCGCAGGUGUCCUUACUGAUGCAGGCCUUCCUACAGGACAGCAUGGGGCCUGCCACAGUGUCCAGACAUAGGAGCACUGCGAUUGGUCAGGAACACGGUGAAAUGUGCUUCUCCAAGCAGGGACAGGAUAGAAGGGUCCCUCACAGCCCCAGGGUUCUUCACUGGACUAAAUACAUGAAGAACCUCAAAAGCAUGAAGACAAGAGCGUAUGUCUACACUGCACUGUAUGCUCUUUGGGGUUAGCUAGAACUAAGCAGUGUCAUGGACUCAGCCAGGUGAUGCUCACGUGUUUAACGCAGGGAAACCACAGUUUUAACAUGGGUGCUUCUCUGAGGGUCUGGGAAGAAAUGUGCAACCUGGGGCAAGAAGGGGGAAAAUUAGUAAACAAAAUAUACAUGAGAAAGAGACAUCACCUAGAGAGAUUUUAUUUGAAAUAUUUUUGCAGUUUAAAUACAACAUAAUCAAUAUUGUAACAGCAAGACUCUAUAGCAAGACUAAAGCAUGUGUGGCAUGUGGUCGUAAGUACUUUUCUUUGUAUAUUUUAUGAUUGAAUGCAGAUUUCUAGCCUGAACCAAGGACAGUGAAAUGUUAGUGAAAAAAUCCUCUUACUUGUAUUGCACAGCAAAUAUUCAUCUAUCAGCAAUAAUAGCAUCACUGAUUGUUUUUAUAAAAACAGUAAGAGCAUUUGUGGAUCUAAAAUAUGUUCCACAUUAAAAAUAAAUUAUAUUUAUGAGGAACAAAAGAUUUGAUUUCAGUCUAAACUAUUUAAAUUCAUGUAUUUAGCUACAAAUUAUGUAUACUGCUUCUAAAAUGAUUUGCUUUUUAGAUGGUUGGGUGAGCGAACAUUUUUAAUUUAAAACAGCAAAAACUGGAUGUGUCGGGGAAAAAAACAUUUCCUCUAACCAUCUGAACACACGUAAAACUUCUGCUUUUAUUGAGAAAUUCUACUGGGGUAAAUAAAGGUGUGUUGUAUGUUUUGUUUGAAAAUUCUAUAAAAAAUGUUUUACAGGACUCUAAGCACCUGUGUUCUGAAGCAUCUUAAGUGUUAAAAAUGUGCGUAAUGUUUAGAUCUUCGGGACAGGUACGCAUCUCCAGUGGACACUAAUAAUGUGUGUCACAGCAGAAGUAUUGUAUUUAAAGCUGCUGCUAAGAAAGCAUUUUGACACCAGUACUU